AUGGUUUCAGUGAAUCAAGGGUUUACUUCUGUUAAAGAGUUCAAUUUAGAUAGGGUUAAACCUAACAAUAAUAUUUGUUUGAAAAGACCAACAAGACUUGGAUAUUACUCAUUCCAUUACAAUAAUGAAAAUAAAAGUGUUUUUUGUCCAGACAAAUCAGCUCUUCGAUAUUUGGACUUACCUGAUCCAGCCCCUAUCGACUGCCUCCAAGGAUAUGAUUCAAACAUCAAGUAUGGCCAUAAAAAGCCAAAAUGUUCAAACUUAUUGCGAUGGAUUCUUGAAAAUGAAACAAUUUUGAGCAACUUUACUUACGAUUUCAUUUGCAGCAAUGGUUUAUUGAAAGAUUUGAUGAUUUCUGCAUACAACAAUUACGAUUGGAACAUUUGUGCUGCCAAAAUCAGAGGGAAAAUCGUAUUAAGUAUAAUUGAAUCGAUUGAUCAGAAAGAAAUCAUUGAUGCAGAAUCAGAAAAGACCAACAAAUCGUCUUAUGCAACUUUGAAAUUACAACGUUUGAUUACCAAGAACAACAAUAAAUGUACUUCUGGAAGAGAUGCGGAUUCAUUUUAUGGCGUUUUCCACUCGAGGAUUGGUUCUCAUCAAAUUUUACAUUCGGGAUAUUUGGACUGUGCUGAAAGUAAUAAAGAACUGAACAAACCUUUCGAUAAGAUGAAGUUUGUUCUGACCAAAAAGUUCAAUCGUCCGAGAGUAUCACAUACAUUUCAUCAAGCUAACACUUGGUGGUCACUGGCUAAACUUGCUGGAAUUGAUACAGUUAUCCGUGCUGAAUGUGAUCAAUCUUUUGUAGUUAAAAAUAUUGAUGAGUUUGAAGCUGACAGUCUAGUUCAUGAACACAGAAAAAUUAUAUUUCUUGCUUCAUUGAAUAUGUUUCUCAAUCAUUUCAAGUCUGUUGUUACAAAGGAAAACAAAUGUUAUAAUUUUCAUUUCAACGGCAAGGAUAAAAAGUUGACUGGAUACAUGAUGAUGGAUCUAGAUGAUGAUCUCAUUCCAUUUUGGUAUAUUAAUGAACAACUUCCUCUUGAAUCUUAA